GGAUGGGGGCUUUGGAUCACAGGGCUAUGGUUGCAGAAUCCCUGGAGCUUCUCCUGUUGAUGAAACACAACAAGGGGCAAGAUAGGGGAACAGGUCUAAGGAAGCAAGGAGAGAUAGACAGGGAAUCCUUUGGAAGCAGCCAGGGGUUGGGUUGCUUUGUAUGGAGUGGAGCAGCGGUGAGAAUGAGUGUGUUUUCCAUGUAAACAGCCCCUCAGUCAGUGGAGCAGCUGCCUGCGUUACUGCUGAGGAGCAGGGAGAAGCAGAAGAGGAGGAGGUGUAGAGAGGGGGACACGUUCCUUCUCCCUAAGAUAUUACGCCUCCUCUAUCUUGUUGCCUCCUACGGCUCCUUUUUUUUAAUAGUGCUUCUCCUACCACAUCGACGAAAGGUUCUGCCCGUAGAGUGUGUUCUGGUGUGCUCAAUGCAUUCCCAAAGCUUCAGCAGACCUCAGUCCAGAGAGAGACAACCUGUGGCUGUUGUGACACACAUGGGUGACUGAGAUACAGAAAAGAGACACAUUGAGACACCCACUGCAGUGGAACACAACAAGACAACUCUCUACAUUCCUCGGUUGUUUCAUCUCAGCUGAAACCAUGGAUUCGACCAUGGCCAAAACCACCGCUAGCUUUCUCUCCACUGUCUCCAGCAUGACCCCCACCUCCAUGACCUCCCUCCUCGCCGUUACCACGGACGCAAGGAUGGAACGGGACAAUUUCACCGCAUCGCGAACAACACUCAUGACCAGUACCAUUACUAUAACAACAACCAACGAGACAAGCUACAACGCCACCAAGCUGCCAGAGGUGGCGUUAGAAGGCUCGGGGAUGGGCAUGGUGCUGGUGCCCUUUGGCAUCAUCACUGUAAUUGGCCUGGCAUUGGUCAUGAUGUUGUAUAUCAGGAAACGGAAGAGACUGGAGAAGCUGAGGCACCAGCUGAUGCCCAUGUAUAAUUUUGACCCGGCAGAGGAACAGGAUGACCUGGAACAGGAACUACUGGACCACAAUCGGGACAGCAACCUCACAGAAUCCAAUAACAAGACUCUCACGACCUCCCAGGGGAUGACGCAGAGGCCCAGUCGCCUGGUCUUCACAGACGUAGCCAACGUUCUCAAUGCAUAACAGCACUCUUCCAUGCAUGAGGGGACUGGGGGGAGUGGGGACUAGCUGUCCCAUCAUAGAGAUCUGUCGCUCAGGAAAAAAAAGGAAAACUGGAUUGAAGCCCAUGGAAACAGACUGAUGUUUGGAKUAUGUUUUUCAGGGUGGGCUAUAAGGGAAUUCUGAUGUUUUAGUUGUAGCGUAGUCUUAUUUUCAUUGUCUACAGUUUAUAACUUGUCUUCAGUGACUACGGUGGGAUAUAUGGGGAAAUGAUGCGAGUAAUGAUUUUGCACUGGUUGUUAUUGGUUGCACAAAUACUUCCAAGUGUGGUGCAUUGUUGGAUCGCUCUCUUUCUCUAUAGUUAAGUGAUAUUGGUGGCAGAAUUGCUGGAACUCCCACCUCCUUCUCUAAUGAGAACUUUGUCUCGAAUGUAUUAUUUAUUUCCACAGGUUUGUAUUUUGCUGCUAAAUGUAGACAACCACAUUUGACAAGUGACUCCUAUAAAACGGUUUUGCUAAAUGUUGAACUGCUUCCAUAAUGGUGGUGGACUGGAGACCUGGACAUUGGAAAACUAGAACACAACAUCAGGAGAUCUGGAGAACUAUUACUGCUGCAGGACAAUGCCUGGGGAACUGUAACCCACCCAGUGUACACUACUAUACUGUAAUGUACCCACACACGUCCAAAAUGUGUCCUUCAGCACUUACGCCUCUAUGGGAACUCUCCAUUUGCCCUCAGAGUAGUACUAGUAGUGUGUUUCCUCGAUAACAAGUAAUAAAGCAGCUGCAUUGGUUUCUAUACACUAAAACAGAGUAUUUAAACCACAGUAUUUUGACAACCACUUAUUGUGCUACAAUUUUUUGAUGAACACAUGACAAACAAACAUAUGUGAACCAUUUAUUGGUAACAGAAAGACCAAGUAGCACCUCUAUACUCAAUGAAGCGAGACAGAUCAGAGGCAAAUUAGAAAACAGCCUCUUGAGUUGUGUAUUCAAGUUCAAAUGGAUUGAAAUCAAAAAUAAAUCAAACAAUAUAUGAAAGACUAAAAUGAAAAGGGAGACUUUUUCAUUGAUCGCAAACACAAAAAAGAUUAAAGCUGGAGAUGUUACAAGAUAAGAGAACCUAACUACUCUAUUCAAUAUUKAAAAACCCUCAUACAUAAAGCAUAACAACAAGUACAUGAAAUAAACUCCUCAAAUAUUUA